UCAUUAUGAGCUUUUGCCUCUGCAAGCUCAUCGACCAGCAAUAAUAGUUGUAAAUUAAAAAUAAAUUAAAAAUUAAAAAACUCUUUUACGGAUAUCCAGAUUCUCAAUCCCUGUUGGGAAUGAGAAGCCUUUGAUUUUGUUUAAUUUUUAUGUUUUUUAAAGAAAUCGUUAUCCUAUGUUCGUACAUGAUGAUUUCGAUUUUGAUAUAGAUUCUAUCUUUGUUGUUUUCAGGGUAACUUGUGCGAUUAGAUUUGUUUCGCAUUUUGAAAUAUAUGUGGAUGGUUGAAAGUUGAAACUCUGAGAAGGAACUUAGAAGUUAGGGAAAGUGACAUUUUCAUUGGCUGGGUAAAAAAUGUACAGGACUGUGGCCACAGCCACGCCACGGGGUGGGUUACCGAGUGAUAGUGGGGAUUCUGUUGUGACUUUGGAUCAAGUUCCACGGUGGAGUGAUGCUGAGCACAGGUCUUCUUUGGUGUAUGAGAAUGAAGAUCCUUCGUUUUCUAAUUCGUAUUUCCCUGAUCCCUUAACGUCUUCGUCCGGGGCAGAAAGUAGUAACAAUGGGAUGGUUUCUAGGUUUCCUGUGGAUCAUGAGAUUAACUUGAAAAUAUAUUUGUGGAGGGGAAACCCUUGGAAUCUUGAAGUGGAUGCUGUUGUAAAUUCGACAAAUGAGAACUUGGAUGAAGCACACAGCAGCCCUGGUUUGCAUGCAGCUGCUGGGCCCGGUCUUGCAGAAGAAUGUGCUACACUGGGUGGAUGCCGAACAGGGAUGGCUAAAGUAACUAAUGCAUAUGAUCUUCCCGCUAGGAGAGUUAUCCAUACUGUUGGUCCCAAGUAUGCUGUUAAAUAUCAUACUGCUGCAGAGAAUGCUCUUAGUCACUGCUAUCGGUCUUGCCUGGAACUUCUUAUUGAAAAUGGGCUCAAGAGCAUUGCUAUGGGUUGUAUAUACACAGAGGCUAAAAACUAUCCACGUGAACCAGCUGCACAUGUGGCUAUAAGAACUGUACGGCGGUUUCUUGAGAAACAGAAAGAUAAAAUUACUGCUGUUGUAUUUUGCACUACUACAACAUCUGAUACAGAAAUAUAUAAAAGAUUGCUUCCUCUUUAUUUUCCUCGAGAUAAGCUUGAGGAGGAGGUGGCCAUUUCAAAGCUUCCUGCUGAUGUUGGGGAUGAGAAUGGUGAGACAAUUAUAGAUGAACGUAAAAUUAGAAUAAAGACGUUACCCAAAAAGACUCCUCCAAAGCCUCCCCAAGCACCAGUUGAACUUCCAGUCAGUGAUGUUGGCUUGAUACGAAGGAACUCGUCAUAUUUAGAUUCGUAUUUGGAUCCUGCCUUUAUGUCCUUAAUUAAAGAUCCAGAUCUGAGACGCAAGGAACAAUGGGAAAAAACUGCUCAAGCACAACGUGGGUGGAAUUGUGCUAAAAUGCUUGGAUUUGGUGACCUUGGUGGACCUCCAUUGUCUGCUUCUGAAGAAUACUCACUUCAUUCAAGAUACCUUUCUAAAGCGAAUUCUCUUAAUCUUUCUGAAAUUUCAGAGAUGAAGAUUGUUUACCGUGGAGGGGUAGACAGUGAGGGACGCCCUGUAAUGGUUGUUGUGGGAGCGCAUUUUUUGCUCCGUUGUCUUGAUCUUGAGCGUUUCAUACUUCACGUAGUGAAGGAAUUUGAGCCCUUGAUUCAGAAGCCUUAUACUAUUGUGUACUUUCAUUCUGCUGCAUCUUUACAGCUCCAACCAGACUUUGGAUGGAUGAGAAGAUUACAGCAAAUACUCAGUCGGAAGCAUCAACGUAACCUGCAUGCAAUUUAUGUUCUUCACCCUACCUUACACUUGAAGGCUGCCAUUUUUGCAAUGCAAUUGUUUGUGGAUAGUGUGGUGUGGAAGAAAGUGGUAUAUGUUGAUCGGCUUCUGCAGUUGUUUAGAUAUGUUCCUCGUGAGCAGUUGACCAUCCCUGAUUUCGUGUUUCAGCAUGAUUUAGAAGUGAAUGGAGGGAAGGGUCUUAUUGUGGACCCUAGAACAAAAUAUGUAUAUCAGCGGCCUUAGGCAACAAAUAGCUGUCCCGCAUGGUGAUUAAAGCUGUAAUCUGUCAAUUCUUUUUUUUUUUUUCAUGUGUUUGGCAGGGUUGGUUGUUAAUCAUGUAAAAAUAGCGCCUGAUUUUUAAUAUUUUAUUUGUUCAGCAAUCAUCUGUUUGUUUCUGAUGGUGAAAAUAAGCUUGUUCAUUUUGUAUCAUGUUGGAUUGGAUGAUUCUCAAUAAAAUUUUAAAUUUGAGCUUUUGUUAA